GGAGCUACCGCACUAAAAUUAAGUAUGGCGGCUGUGGUGCAAGAUCACGGAAGCAAACAUGUGGACGAAAAAGAGGAUAUUAUAGAGGACGGUGAUGAGGAGGAUGACGCCGAGGACGACGCUGGACCCCAGGACGCCGCCAAGAAAAAAAAGAAACGGAAGAAGAAGAAAAAGAAAGGUCCUCAAGAAGCCAACGGGAUAGAGCCAGGGUCAACUCAAGUGUCAGAGGUAGCAGCCGCGCUCGAGAACCAGCGUAUCGAUGGCACAGGCGACAAGACUGAGGAGAAAGGUGAUGGAGAGGAAGCAAAGAAGAAGAAAAAGAAGAAACCUAAAGGUCCAAAGCAGCAGACUGACCCGCCAUCGAUUCCGAUCUGUGAUCUGUUCCCCGAUGGUAACUUUCCAAUUGGAGAGGAAGUGGAACACCCCAUCCCAAAUGACAGCCGUACCGGAAAGAACCGGCUGACUGAUCCAGAGAAGAAAGCUCUGGAAAGCAUGUCGCAAGAGCAGUACAAGGAGAUUAGGCAGGCAGCUGAAGCUCAUCGCCAGACACGGCAGUAUAUGCUGAAAGUUAUCAAGCCUGGAAUGACUAUGAUUGAAAUAUGUGAAACGCUGGAGUCUACGGCUCGCACACUUAUCAAGGAGAAUGGGCUGAGUGCAGGGCUUGCAUUCCCCACGGGUUGCUCUCUCAAUCACUGUGCCGCACACUACACACCUAACGCAGGCGACCCAACAGUGCUGGGCUACGACGAUGUGUGCAAGAUUGACUUUGGCACACACAUCAAUGGCCAAAUUAUUGACUGUGCCUUCACGCUGACUUUCAACAACAAAUAUGACAAACUGCUAGAAGCGGUACGAGAUGCCACUAAUACAGGAAUAAGGACGGCUGGAAUAGAUGUCAGGCUUUGUGACAUUGGCGAGGCAAUCCAAGAAGUCAUGGAAUCUUACGAAGUGGAACUCGAUGGCAAGACAUACCAGGUGAAGGCCAUUCGCAACCUUAAUGGUCACUCGAUUGGGCCAUACCGGAUCCAUGCUGGGAAGACAGUGCCUAUAGUGAAGGGAGGAGAAGCAGUGAGAAUGGAGGAAGGUGAAGUGUACGCCAUUGAAACCUUUGGCAGCACGGGCAAAGGCUAUGUGCACGAUGACAUGGAGGUGUCUCAUUACAUGAAGAAUUUUGACGCUGGUCGUGUGCCGCUGAGGCUUCCACGUUCCAAGCAGCUGCUGGGCGUCAUCAACCAGAACUUUGGCACCCUGGCCUUCUGCCGCCGCUGGCUUGACAGGCUGGGCCAGACAAAGUAUCUCAUGGCUCUCAAGGAUCUCUGCGACAAGAGCAUUGUGGACCCGUACCCGCCUCUGUGCGACACCAAGGGGUGUUACACGGCCCAAUUUGAGCACACCAUCCUGCUGCGCCCGACGUGCAAGGAGGUCAUCAGUCGUGGAACAGACUACUGAGAUACCCCAAAAGUGCUGGUGUUGUUAUAGACCAUCCCGCCACACUGCAGUGGUCUAGAACGCAAGCUAGCAAUGCAACUGAGGUACCACUUCUUUGAAUGACAGUAAUUUUUAGUAUCUUGCAUACUCCUUCAUUUCUGGGGGUGUGCUGUGCAGCCCACUGGUAAAGACAACUCGCAAAUGCACGGCUCACAGUUUGGGAGCUCGCCAGGCGCAGUUGCCAGCUGAAGCAAUGCCAGUGAACUGCGGCACUGCACACUGGAGCCUGUUUCAUGUAGUGGAAGUCUGCCUCAAAACUGGGUGCCUCCAAACUUGCCACAGUGCAAAAUGUGUACCUGUGCUCACACAUUCUCUUUUAAAGUAGACUGCACUGUACACUGAAGGCUUAGGAACUUUAUAGGAGGAUUCUGGAGACAAAUUUAGUGGCCAUUAGAAACAUGCAAGAAUGCAGCUGGCAAGGGCAGAAGCGUUUUUCUGAUUGAUUGGAACUUAUUUGCAUUUUUGGACAUCCGCAUGAACUCGUGACUGUGUACGUUUAGCGCUGUUGUUAACUGGUGCUUGAGUUAGGUUGCAGAACUGUGGAUAUUGCAGAAAUUGUAAUGUUGGAGCUAUGUGGGAUAGUUGUUUUUGCCAAGAGAAGAGUGAGUAGUUUUCAAAGGAAAAGAAAAGAUAUAAAGCCCUAGAAAUAUUUCAUUUUAAUUCCACGUUACCUCUUUUCUUCACCUCUUUUAACCUGCACUUAUUGUCUCGUGGCCACAGGUUAUAAAAUUAACAGGUGUCAUUAUAGUUGUGGGAUGAGUUUUUGGUAUUCUAGGUGGUGUUCUCUUGAAAGUAGAGCACAUAUACACAUGGCUGGUGCACCGACAACAUGAUUGCACAUUAGUUCUUUUUCUCAUUUUUUUCAGUGGGCUUGAGUUGGGAGGGUCCGAUCAUUACCACAGGCAAUUGCUUUCUGGUUGUGUAGUGUUACACAUGUGCUGCUGACAUUAUGAAAAGCUGAACAUUUUCUUUUUUAUCACCAGCUUUUAUUUAUGCAGAACAUUAACAUUGGAAGAAAACUGUUUAUCACAAUGCCACCCUCGAGACUGGCCUACAAAAUUUGCCAGUAGCAUGCUAACUUGCCUUUUAGAUCACUGCCUGGUCUCUUGCUGUUGUGCUUCCUUUUUUUUGGAAGCAAAGUUGAUGCCCCAUCUAGCUUCAUGCUUGUUGAUUAGUUUGUAUUUUUGUUAAAUGGUAUAUUCUGUUGACUCUGCUCUUUUUUGUUUGCUUCUUUCAUCAGCCGGUUCUGGCAUGUUCCCAGAGCACAUAUUUAGUGCAGGCUAUCACUAACUGGAAUUGUACUAACUAUGUCUGGGUAAAUUGGCUUGAAUGACUGAACAUACAACUCGUUUGGCUGCAUAUGAAAAGCACUGUAUUGCAACUGCAACAUUGAAACUACGCUUUGGGCUGCUUCUUAUAGCUAAGGAAGGACGUAGUAAGCUUGUGGAUUCAUUUGUUCAUCCAAAGGCAGUAAUUGUCGAUUUCAUGUGCAACAGUAACCAGCAGAGCCGCCACGCCGAUGCCUGUGAUGCUAAGAGGGUGUCUCCAUCUCCCCCAUGAUUGCUGUGUGCUAUUUCUUUGCUGCAUCACAGCGCACUCUGUGCAGGAAGGACAAUGAUGGAAAGCAAGGUUGAGGACUUAAAUAGCAGUUGUGAUCCAGGUAAUGCGUUAAACGUGUCUGUUCGCUUGUUCACUUGCAAGUCAACGCUCAUUGUGUUGGAGGUCCAUCACUCAGAGCUGGGAGAUGAUGCAUCAUAAUUCCUAACUGUUUGAUAGAAAAGGGCUCCGCAAUGAUGUCACAAAAUCGAGCCACUCUGUUUCCGAGAUUGUUCUUGUAUGCACAGAUGGGAGCGAGAGGUAGUGAGUAGCUCCUUGGGAAUUUGAACAGGCCAGGCUGCACUGAAAUGUUGGAAAUUAAGUGGCCUUUAUAAGCUAUAAAAUGCACCACUGAACGUGCAUGUCUAGAAAAGCUUCUUACAUGUUGCUGAAAGUAAUGAGAGCUUUUUAUGUGCGGCCAGGGGACCGACUAUGUUCACGCAGUCUGCAUACCUAUGGCUAGUUUUAAGCUGUUGUUCGCAGUAAUUGCAAUAUGGGAAUCAGGCACACUGAAGUAUUAGACUGUUUUUUCAACAUAAAGCAGCAAGUGCUUCUCGAUUUUCAUAAAAUCAUGCAGUACUCUUGUGAACAAAGGGAACCCUAACAGGAAAAUGAAGUUUGUGUGAGAAGACUGUUGUUGGGGCAAGGCGCGUCAUAGUACUUUUGAUUACGACCUUGAUACAUUUUUUUUUUUAAAUUAGGAAUUAUGAUUUGAUUUAUUAUAUGUGCAACACUCUUGUAGCAAAAAAUGAUCUGCACUGGUAUUAUAUAAAAUCAAAUAAAAUCUUCCCAUGUUUAUUUUCAUGGUUAAAUGGCACUAUUUCGGUUUCAUUUGUUCAUGAAAGUGAAUUUUAAUUGGUGAAGCAGCUUAUCAGAAUGUUUUGUAAUUUAUUGAAUAAAACCACUCCUAACUUUUAGCGAGGAUUUUAAGUGCUCUCUUCCAAGCCUGCACUUUUGUAGUAAGGUUCUCGCGCAAGUCAGUUUAGCCCAGAAGGGGGAGUUGGGGUGAGGAUUUACAAAUGUGGUCUUCAUAUGACAAGCAUGCAGCAUUUAACGGGUGCAUUAUGAGCAAGUGUUCUCAUCUCUCCAUGUUAAGGUGGAUAACCAACCAGAACUAUCGGGGUGUGUGCUUCAUGCCUUCAUUGUGCUUUGGCACUCACUGAACGUAGGGUGGAGACAUGGAGUAAUAUCCACUCUCAGCAUAUUUGGCUGCAUCCAAGUUUACACAUAGUGGAAUGUACUGUUGUCUCUGAUGAGCAUUGUCAUACAAGACAGGCACCAUCAGGUACAAAAGUUAUCCCAUCAGAGUACUCGGAACCAGACUGAACUUGAUGCUGUUUCAUAAUACUGUGCUCUUUGACACAGAUCAGUCUGUUUUGAUAUAGCACACCAGCUACCUCCAAACUGAAGAAUCAGCCCAGUGCGACCAACUGCACAGCAGUUCCAUGUGCCAUUAUAUUGUGUAUGGUCACGAGCUCUUCAGCUUGAAAACUUUCUCGUAAGUGAGUGCUUAACACUCAACACAAAGCUGUGGUGGUCUUAAAGGACUUUAAAAAAAAAUGUUUGUUCACGCUAACAGCCCAUUGUUGGCUAGACGCACAGUUCUUGUGAAGCAUUGACUGCAGUCCCUGCAGUGUAUCUGUGGGUCCAGUGCCUAUAGUUCCUUACAGAAUCUGUAGGAUGCAGCGUUAUGUUGCUUCCUUGGCCUUGUUACUGUACUCUUUCUUUUUCCUCCAGCAUUUUACACUUUUUUGUGCUUUCUUUAAUGCCUUUAAGUUGACGUAAUUGUAAUAACUACUAUAAUGACUUUGUUGAAAACUGCAUCAGCAGUUAAUAAAGAUGAGUGCAUAAUGUGCUUUGUUGAAAAUAUAGAUUCUCUGUUGGUUCACUCUCUUUUACGAGACGCAUACUUUAUAUAUUCAUUUGAUAAAGGUUUCUUGGUCACUGUGUUUCUGCAUAAUUAAAGUGUCACCGGAUGGUAUGAAGCAAUGCAUUUUGCAGCUUUAAAGUGGCAAGAAGAUUGCCACUCUCUUUAAGUAAGACGGCAGUGCUUUUUACCAUUUUUAAUUUGCACCAACGUGCUUUCUUGGCAAACAGCAAGAAGUGUGAAACUUGAAGAGCUGCUUCUUAGUGCUCUUCAACCAGAAAUAGGUGUCGAAACCAGAAGGUGUUGAAAAACUUUAUGGACAUUCUGCUGUUCUGCAACUGGCUUUUAUUUGUGGCCAUUUGACAGGCAUAGUUUUUCUCAUAUGUUAUCAUUACAAUGCACUGGUCUUAACCUAAGUGAGAAUUGCCAAAAAAUACUAAUCACACGAUAUGUGAGCUAACCCUGCAUCUCAAUAUUGAGCAAUGCUAAUCCUCCAUAGCACACACUUUCUUGGAAGUUGACGUAACGAAGCUGAACUGAUGUGUUUAGUAAUGCUUGCAAAUACAGAGAGGUCUGCUAGGAGAUUGAGGAAAGAACUUUGCAAAUUAGAUUUAUAAUUCAUUUGAAUAAAGCUGCUAGAAAUUAGAAUUGUGAUUUGGAAAUGUGAGUGCUGUCUAAUAUUAUUCAAAAUUAUACACAGCAUCUCGCUAAACAUCUGCAUGAAAAUAAUUCUGUACUCAUUAUUUUUAAUACUUUGUAGUUAUGCAAGAAGUUUGCUUGCAGAUCAGUGAAGGAUGUAGAAGCGUGGAACCCAGGAGGCGGUGUAUAACUGCAACGGGUCCUGUUUGCCCAUCACUUCCUGAUUUAAGCAGUGCAUAAACAUCUUCACCGUAAUUGUCAUCAGAUGGUUUGUUUCCACUUAUCUUGAGGCACUCUCCGUCUUCUGUUGAAACUGCCUCACUGCCUAUAUUUGGUUAUAUGGUCAGAUAUUGAGUGACAGUAGCUGCUGUUUUCUAUCUUGUGCAUUGCCAUUUCUUGAAAGCUUUAUAAAGGCCUUUGUUUGCUCAAUAAAAGUGUUCAUGAGGCACGUUUUGAACUGGAAA